GCCAUCUCUGAAUUCCUCCACGCGAGUACGCGACGCACAGGACUACAGGACGCCAGGUCCAAGCUCCAGUUCGCCUGUCACUGUCAGGUUGCAACUUUUUAAGUGAUGGAAUCAGCCGUGGAAGGAAAGGGGAGGAAUGCAAGUGAUGGAACUGAUUCAGAAAGUAAUUCGUUUGACAAGAGGGAUGAUAUGUCUGAAGAUGAACUGGUAGUGCUUGGUGGAAAAAUUGAUGAUUCAGCGGACAAUGUCAAUAUUGAUGAUUCUGAGGACAAUGGAAGUAAAAAAGGAGUCAAGAGAAGGCGCAAGAGGGUGCAGAUGAAGGCUACAGCUGAAAGGAGCAAAAAGGCAAAAUCUAAAGUUUGGGAUGCCUUUACUAAGGUGGCUGUGCCGGAUACGACAGAGAAGGGGAAGAUGAUAUCAAAGGCAAAAUGUAACUAUUGUAAGAAGCUAUAUUCUUACAUACAAGGAUCAACAACAUCUCAUUUGUCAAGGCACAUGAGAAUUUGUGUCGUGUAUUUGAAGCAUGUGGCAAAGCAACAGGAUCAAUCUCUUCUAAAUUUUGCUCCAUCAACAGCAGGUGAAUCUGGAUCUGGCCUUCCUACUAUCACUUCUCCUAAAGAUUAUAACCAUGAGCAAGUAAAAAAACUAAUUGCUAAGAUGAUAAUAGUUCAUGAGUAUCCAUUUAGGAUGGUUGAGCAUACUUGGUUUAACAUUGUCAUGAGGUAUUUGAAUCCUUCAUAUGAGUUCAUUGGUAGGAAGACUAUAAGAGCUGAAUGUUUAAAGAUCUAUGAGUCUGAAAAAGAAUCACUAGCAAAAGUCCUUAAAGGUGUUGAGUACAUUUCCCUAACCACUGAUUUGUGGACAUCCAAUCAAACAUUAUCCUAUAUGUGUUUGGUUGCACACUACAUAGAUAAUGAUUGGAAGAUGCAAUGUCGUGUCCUGAAUUUUUUUGAAUUGGACCCCCCACACAAAGGGCCUGUUAUAGGACAAGCAGUAUAUGAAUGUGUUGCUGGCUGGAAAAUAGAGGAUAAAAUUGUUUCCAUGACUUUAGAUACUGCCUCAAACAAUGAUGGUGCUAUUCGAGGUUUGAGGGCCAGAUUUUCAGCUAGACAAGGAAGUGCUUUUGUUGCAAAAUAUUUCCAUAUCAGAUGUUGUGCACACAUAAUUAAUUUGGUUGUUAAGGAUGGGACUGCUGCAUUGGAUUCUUUAAUAAGCAAUCUAAGAUCUACUGUCAAGUAUAUUAAAAAAUCUCCUUCUCGCCUGCAUAAGUUUGUGGAGAUUUGUAGAUCCCUAGCUUUGAAAAUUGGAGAAGGGUUGAGUCUUGAUGUGUCAACUAGAUGGAGUUCAACUUACAAGAUGUUGCAUACUUGUAUAGCUUAUAAAGAAGCCAUUGAAACAUAUGCUGAUGCAGAUUUAAACUAUAAAUGGGAACCUACAGCUGAAGAGUGGGAUUUGGUUAUUGCAAUUGAACCAAUUCUUGCAUCUUUAGCUAAAGUUACCACUGCAUUGUCUGCUUCUUCAUAUCCUACUGCGAAUCUAUUCUAUCCUCACAUUGUGGAUAUAAAAAUUGCAUUGAGGGCAGCAAUGGUCUCCAAUAAUUUGAAUUUGAGAACAAUGGGUAAUGCUAUGAUGGAAAAGUUUAACAAGUAUUGGGAAGAAAAGAAUAAUGUUAUGGUGAUUGCUACUAUUCUUGAUCCAAGGUAUAAAAUGAGAUUUAUUGAGUGGUGGUUCAAUAAGAUAUUUGAUGAACAUCAAGUUUUGUUUGAAUUAGAAGAUGUUCGUAGUGAGUUAGAAAAACUUUAUGGGGAUUUUGAGGUGCAGCAUAGAGAGAGAAAAGAGUCUCAAAGCAAAUCUAAUGCUUCCUCAUCUUUGAGUAUUGAAAGAUCAUGUAGUUUGCCAUCCGCUUCAUGUCAAUUUCAGUCUUUCUUGUCAUCAACUCAGUCUAACCCAUCAAAGAGCGAGUUGCUUAUCUAUUUGGAGGAGACUAAUGUGUGUUUAUCGGACAAAGAGUUUGAUUUGCUGAAUUGGUGGAAGGUUAAUUCACAUAGAUUUCCAGUGGUGUCGAGAAUGGCAAAGAAAUUCCUAACUAUACCGGCGACAUCAGUGUCUUCGGAGUCUACUUUUAGCACGGGAGGUAGAACUCUUGAUGAUUAUCGUAGUUCUCUAAGGCCUUCAAUGGUGGAGGCAUUGGUAUGCUCUUCUAGCUGGAUCCGAGGAACACAUGAUGGAAGCAUGAUAUAUGUGGAAGAAGAUGAUGAGGACAAUGUUGAGAACAUUCUGUUUCCAAAAAGCUUGGUGGAAAGCAACUAGUAAGAGAUCUGAAUUCUAAUACUCUUUGUUAGAAUAUAGGGGAAACAUGAAUUAUUUAGUGCUAUUUGUAAACUAAUUAGAAUUGCCUUCACAGAAUUUGGAAGAAUUGGAUGGAGACAAGUAGACAACUAUAAGACAAGCUAAGCUAAGGAGUAAGGACGUCAAGAGUCAAGACUCAAGAGAAAAGAUGCAUCAUUUGAAUUAAUUUUGUCGUUGAAACUUUGAGAUACUGAAUAUUUUGAGCUUAUCAAUGGAUUAUGCAUUGCUCUUGUAUACUUUGAGAUACUGCUGCUGGUUUAAAAUGUCUUAUUGUA